UACUAGUCACAUAGUCCAACAACUUAUUCGUCGCGUUAAUAUUACUGGUGACCAGCAUCUUAAUCAAAUCAUCCUGGCUCCCCAACCUCUUGUUAUAGUUGAUCUGCAUGGAAUCGAUAACCUUCCCAUACGCAUCAUGG